AUCAAAUGGAGCACAACAUCGAGGUUGUCAAUCUGUACAGAUCUCAUGUGAAGCUAAGCUGUCAAGAAAGGCGUCCUUGUGAAGGACAAUGAUUUGUUAGUGGUGAUGCGAACGUAAAAACGGAAAUAAGUAUUUUUACAUCAAAUAAAAACAAUAACAAGCCAUGGACAAAUCAAAACUAAAACCAGAAUUACCAACAACAACAAAAGAUGAAAUGGUUAAAAAAGAAACCAUUGCAGAGCGUAUCACAAGAUUAAUGAUCUUUGGCUCAAAAAUCCUUGCAGCUAUUAUUAUCAUCGCUGUGUUUGGAUGGCACACAGUGAGACUGUCUUUUCCAGGAAGUGAUACUUGUUCAAUGCUGUUUGGUAGUGGAAACUGGCUGAAAGACCAGUGGAAACCCAAUGGUUGUAUGAUGCAUAGCUAUAUGGCAAGUGAAAUAAGGACCUGCUUGAGAUACAGUCAAGUAACAUUUGUUGGUGACUCAAGAAUGAGAGGUCUUUUCUUCAAUCUUGCUGGUUUGUUGAGUGGAAAAAAGAUCAAAAAUGAAAAAGCUCACAAUAACCUAUAUUAUGCAGAACCUGGCAAUAUAUCCGUGAAUUUCUUCUGGCAACCUCAUGCCAACAAAGAAAUGAAUGAAUUAUUUCAAUUAUGGCUGAAGGAAAAGGAAAAACUUCCUCAGCUGCUGAUAGUUGGUGCUGGAGUGUGGACGAUAAAGGAGAAGUCAGUUAAAGCAGUCUUGGGAUACCAAGAAAACUUGGAGAAAAUUCGACAGACUCUAAGUGAAAUAGGGACUACAAUAGACCGUCAGACUUCUUCAGACGAAUUAUCGAAAGCUGAUACAUUGAGCCAAAGAGUGAAAACAAAACGACAGAAGCAUCUGGUGAAGAAACAGUGGCUGAAAGUCGUCCCUCAAGUCAUCUGGAUGGUGCAAGACCCUGUUGUUGAGGCAAAGCUGAACCCAAGCAGAAAGACAAUCACGAAUGAAAAGAUCGAGUUGUUCAACUUGGCUGCAGUUAAAGCCUUGAAGUCACCCCAGAUCAGAGUGCUGAAUGCAAGCUCUGAAGUUGCCGCUUCGAAGCCUCAAGAGACUUCUGAUGGUUUACACUACAGUCCAAAAGUCGAGAAAGUUCAACUGGACAUGAUCUUGAACUCAUUCUGCAAUCAAUACAUGGUCCCCACUGACGCCUCCUGCUGCAUAGAAAUGGAAAAGAUCACAAAACUGCAGUUUAAUACCUUCGCAGUUUUUGCAACAUGUGUUCUUCUCUGGUUCGUAAUGUUUUGUUUGAGAAGAUGCUCAAGGUGCAAGCAAGACCCAGAGCCUAUCGAGCAGACUGGCCUUGCCUGGAUGCACUCAGAUACGAUGUACUCUGUCUUGAAAUCAAUGGCCAAACUUGCCGUAAUAAUGGCGUAUUUCUUUGUUUGCGAUAGGUGUUACGUGCUAAUGAAAGCACCGAAAGAAUUCUCUUGGGCUGCAUUUUUCGUCCCAAUUGGCGUCAUGGUCCUCCUUGGGAUUUAUAAAUUAGAAAAAACAACUGAUCUAACUUUACUGCACGGUGAUCAAUCCGAUGAGUGGAAAGGCUGGAUGAUUUUUGUCAUUCUGGUUUACAAUUACACAGGCGCAGAGAAGAUUUUGCCGGUGUAUCUCUUCAUCGAAGUUUUGUUUGCAUCAUACUUGUUUAUAAUCGGCUUUGAGAGCUUCAUGUAUUUGUGGACAACAGGUGAUUUUGGCUUGUACCGCGUCUGCAAGGUGAUGGCAAGACUGAACGUUAUCCCCGUCGCAGCAUGCCUCUUUAUGGACAGACCAUACCAGUUUUAUUACCUAACUUCUAUCCUGUCUAUUUGGUUCAUCUUCUUGUAUCUGAUGAUGAUAUUCCCACCUAGGCUGACUGCAAAAUAUGUCGAAGAAAAUAUAAAGAAUUAUAUAUGGGUUAUGCUGAAAUUCGGUGUUUUGUUUGCUUUGAUUUUCAUCAUUUGGGGAAAUGAGACCGUCUGUGAUUGGCUGUUUUCGCGCAUCGCAAUUAAAGAACUAUUCAUUGAUACUUUCGAUGGCGUUCACCAAUGGACGCUGAGAUCUGGCAGGGAUCGAUAUAUUAUUAUCUAUGCCAUGUUUGCUGCCUUCGGUUAUGUAACUGCCAGAAAAUAUGACAUCGCUCAAGAGGAUGCUGAUAGCUAUUGCUUGUUCAGGCGCAGGUCAACCGUGUUUGCUCUGAUCUUUUCUCUUACUGGAGCUUCGCUGUUCGGCAUUCAUUUAUUCGUCUGCAACGAUCGCUCUGUUUGCAACGCAGCUCAUGCAGUGGCGUCCUGUAUACCUAUCACAUCUUAUCUGCUGUUACGAAACGUUCCAACUUGUAUACGAACCAGAUUUAGUUCGUUUUUUGCUUGGAUUGGGAAAAUGUCGGUUGAGUUGUUUGUGGCACAGUACCAUAUUUGGCUGGCCUCGGAUUCACAGGGCCUGUUAGUAUUCAUUCCGAAUUAUUCGAUAGUGAAUGCCUUGCUAACUACGUUUGUGUUCCUGUGCGUUGUCAUGGAGCUGCGUAACAUUUCCGAAACACUUUCAGAUGCUCUUGUUACAAAGGACGUUCGUAUCAUGCUACGUAGACUGGUUAUUUUUAUUCUCAUGUUAAUGAUCAUAUGGUGGCACAAAAACCACGCUAAAAAACCACUACCAAGCUAGUUGACCAACCUUUUGCACCCUUUCUUUUGAGGCUCAUCAGUAGUGUAUAGCUAAUCCAUGUGUUGCUAAUAUCAUUUAAAUAGUUGAAACAGCUAAUAUAUUAUAGAAAAGCUAAUAACUAAUGUAAACAGAUAACAUAUAUUUCUGUUUUGUUGCUUUCAAUUUUCAGCUGACCCCUAUUGUCUGUUUAGCUACUGGCCUGUGGGCAGUUUUUUACAAAGUUUUGCCUUUGGUCGCCAUUGCAGUUUAAGCCCGUGAACAGAAGGAAAUGCUGCACACUAUCUGUUGUAAAAUAUUUGAUAACAUAUCAUUGAAACAUCUCAUGCGAAAAUCCUCCCCCAUCUCUUCUUGAUAUAUUUUCAUGAAGUGGCAGGGACACGCCCAUCCCCUCUUCUUAUCUAAGCCAAGAUCAAUUUCGGCUUGUGCAGUUUUAAACAAAGAUGAUCAAGUGUGAAAUAAGAUCUGUAUUCUUGCAUUCUUAGAGGGCGUGGCAUAUGACGAUCUUUCUACCCACGCUCCUUUUCUUAACCCAGCUAUAGAAGGCAGCUUUUGUCAUUAUUCGCUGCAGCCUUGAUAAAGGGAAUACGGAUCAAAUCAGCUCUACACUAACUCUGAUUUUCAAGAAUUUAAAUAAUUGUAUAUGAAUUUUGAAUUGUGACUAGAACUUUGUAGAUUGUGACAAAAAUGAAUGCGAUUUGUGUCUUUAUUCA